CACUGAAUAAGCUUGUGCUCUUUGACCAUGAUGUGGUGGUGCAAAGGGAUCUAACUAAGUUAUGGAAUGUUGAUAUGAAGGGGAAAGUAAUUGGUGCAAUUGAAACUUGUCAUGAAGAUGAAUCUUCGUUUCGCCGAAUAGAUACGUUUGUCAACUUCUCGGAUCCAUUUGUUGCAAAGAAUUUUGAUAUCAAUGCAUGCACAUGGGCUUUUGGAAUGAAUUUGAUUGAUCUGCGACAGUGGAGGCGGAAAAAUCUGACUUCUCUUUACCAGAAAUACUUGCAAUUGGGUUCUGAGAGGCCCUUGUGGAUGGCUGGGAGUUUGCCCUUAGGUUGGGUUACCUUCUACAACCAGACGGUGGCUUUGGACAGGCGAUGGCAUAUCCUUGGGCUUGGUUAUGACUCCGAAGUGGCUCGUGCCGACAUCGAGAGAGCGGCAGUGAUACACUACGAUGGUAUUAUGAAACCGUGGUUGGAUAUUGCGAUUGGAAGAUACAAGGGUUAUUGGAACAAAUAUGUCAAGUACGAGCACCCUUAUUUGCAACAGUGCAAUAUCCAUGAAUAGUUGAAUAUCGCAGAAAUAGCAGAGGAGUAAAAAUCAAUAUAUAACAGAAAAAUUAGUUCUUUUCUUGCCUUAGGAACUGCACUUCACUUGUUCACUUAAUUCUUUCUUCUGUGCGAUUCUUCAUGUAAAGUGGAACUCGUAUUUUUUCCCCCAAAAAAAUUUUCUGGGCAUAAUAUUCUAGGAGCUGAGUCAAAUUUUAGCAAUAAAUUGAUACUAAAAUAAUUGUCCU